AUGCCCAACCAGCUCACCCAGUCCUCCCAUGACAAAGCCUACAGCUCCCUGAUGAGAGGCUUGAAAGAGUUGGACUUCAAUGGUCCCGGUGUUCCCUGCAAUCUUGUUCUGAUUGGAGACCAUGCCUUUCCUUUAGCGGUGAACAGACAAGGCCAGGUCCUGAUGGCGGCCUCUCUGUACGGCCGUGGAAGGAUUGUGGUCUUCGCUCAUGAGGACUACAUGACCAACUUUCCUGCUCUGGUAGAGAACGCUCUGACCUGGCUGAGAGGAGAUGCAUCUGAAAACCUGUCAGUGGGGGUCCAAAAGAACGUAAAGAGAGUGGCUGAUAAUCUCAGCACAUCCAGCUUCCAAGCCAAAGUUGUGGAGGCCUUUAGUGAUGAUCUGAAAGUUGGUGUUUAUGUGACCUAUGUCUACAGUGUGGGUGCAGAUGCGAAGAACCUGGUGGCAUUUCUGAAAGCCGGAGGAGGAGUGCUGAUAGCUGGGCAGGCAUGGCACUGGGCUUCAGUCAACCCUAAGCAGAAUACAGUCUCUCAUUUUCCAGGAAAUAAGGUGUCUGGGGUGGCAGGGAUCUACUUUUCUAAGCACUAUGGGGAGACAGAUAUCCUGCCAGUCUACCCUCAGAUCCCCUCAUCCUGGAUGACUUUAGCUAUUGGUAAGGAUUUUGAAGAUGACUUGGAGUCCUUACUGAAGGGUGUUUCUGAGUUUGAUCUCAAGGGAGACGCAUUAGAGUCUGAGGUUCUGGUCCAUGGUCCACUAGCCUUCCCCAUUGGCACCAACAAGGAUGGACAGGCAUUCGUGGCAGGAGCCUAUUAUGGGCAGGGACGAGUCAUUGUGGUGACACAUGAAGAUCUUCUGUCAAAAGAGACACUGACUUCAUUUCAGGACAAUGCCAUUAACUGGUUGGACCAAGGCCGGAAGGGGGUUGUUGGUGUCAUGCCCAACCUAAGCCUUUACAGCAAGCACAAGUCAGAGAAGACAAACUUCAGGAAAGACCUGAGUGUAUUUGUAUGUACAGCAUACAGUGACCAACAUGUGGAUGAAAUCCAUGAUUUUGUGGCAGAGGGGGGAGGCCUGCUAAUUGGUGGGCAUGCUUGGUACUGGGCCCAGACACACCGUGGACAAAACCCAAUGACAGAUUUCUCAGGAAACAAGAUCCUGAAUAAAAUGGGCUUGAGCCUGUUAGGGACAAUAAUUCGAGGAGGUUUGUAUGAGGCCCCCGUGCCUAGCCAGGCCAAGAAAAACAACUACCACUUUCGUCAUCGUCUACGUAGCUUCGCUGGUCAUGUCAUCCAAGGUCAAGAACUCAUCAUGCAUGGAGAAGAUCACCUUAUAAAACUGGGCAGAGAUUGUGUCAGCUUCUUGAACAUGGAAGCUCAUGACAGCUACUCCUAUACACAGGUUCUGUCCAUUCUCACUGACAUGUUGAAGGCGGGCAUGCCACAGGUGAGUGAGAACAACCCUGUAAAGAAUCCCAAAGACCACUUUCUCCUCAAUGUGGGGACAGAGGUAUAUAAGGUUUGCCCAGAUCCUGAUGCCCUCCUGCCCUACAUCUUCAAGCACGGCCCCAUCAUGCCUUUUGUCUAUAACCGCAAGAUCAAGAUCAACGCUAACACAUCAGGAGGGGAGGAGUGGCUUAGUACAGGUCUGUACCUCUUUCCUGGUAUGAGGACUGACAUGAUCAUUCCACCAGAGAUACUCAACAAGGGAUGGAUGGUUCAGAUAGGUUGUCAAACAGACUACCUGAAUGCUGAAGAAUUAAAGCGAGCGCCACGUGUUCAUGAGCGAUUUCCUGUUACCACAGAGAAGAUGCAGGUGGACAAUCUGUGGGGGGGACUCAUCUACCUGGUGGCUCCACCCAACACACAGGUGGAAGGGGUAGAGGUAAUAGUGCAGAUAGCUGUACCUGCCCCUUAUUACAAGUCUGGUGUAACAACAGCAGCUGAUUGGUCCUUGCUGCGCAAAUCUCAAUCCCCUUGGGCGGAGUUGGAGUUUGACAACAUUGUCCUCACUGUACCAUCACAUGUUAUUCGGGAUCUGGACCGCCCUGAUGAGGUGGCCGGACUCUGGAACGGCAUCAUGAAGGGCGUUGCUGAACUGGCUGUCAUACCUCACAAAUUUGCACGCAAAGAACGCAUUGUAGCAGAUGUGCAGAUUUCCCAUGGUUGGCUGCAUGCAGGCUAUCCUAUCAUGAUGCAUUCAUCUAUAGCAGCUGAGCUGGUCAGACCAGAUGAUGCCAGGACAAAAGGCCUGUGGGGAGAAAUCCACGAACUGGGACACAACCAACAGAGAAGCUGCUGGGAGUUCCGACGACACACUGGAGAGGCCACGUGUAAUCUGUGGUCAGUGUAUGUGCAUGAAGAGGUGCUGGGGCUCAACAGGGCAAAGGCUCAUCCAUCCAUGACCUUAACAAGUCGAAGGAGUGGUAUAGAGGAGUAUGUUAAAGGAGGCAAGAAACUCAGUGACUGGAACAUGUGGGUAGCCCUGGAGACAUAUUUGCAGCUCCAGGAAAGGUUUGGCUGGGAUGCCUUUAAGAAGGUGUUUGAUGCCUACCACAAGAUGAGCAACUUUCCAGAAGACAAUGAGAGAAAGAUGAACCUGUAUGCUGAGACUUUCUCUACGAGUGUGGGGAUGAACCUGUCUGGAUUCUUUAAGUCCUGGGGCUGGCCCAUAGAAACAGCCACUGAGGAGAAACUCUUCAACCUGCCUGCCUGGAUUAACCACCCCAUGAGCCAGUAUGACUGA